AUGGCAUCUAUAGGUUCAGUACAGAACAGCAUCCGGUUGCCGCUGGCCGGUCUGGCGCCGCCGCGUGUGCUCAUGUGUAGCGCCUCGAUGGGGGCCGAAGGAUCCGUGACGUUGCAGCUCCGCGAGGCAGUGCAGGCCCCCGAUGGGGCCAGUUCGCUGGACGGAGCGCUCACGAUCGGCUACCCGGAUCCGGAAAUGUUGGCCGACAUGCUGGGCACAUUUCAGGGCGCGUCCACCGUCGGCUCCGACACGGACGGAACGACUUUCGACCUGCUGCAGGACUGCGUCAGUCCCCCACCAUCGAGCCACCACCGGACGGCGGAUCAGCACAUCGAGCACCUGACCGGUUCCAUUCUGGCCAAAAGCUCCACCACAAACACCAACACGUCUGGCACGACCACCGUCACACUGAAGGCAGAACCAGUCACCAAAGCAGCGGCACUGAGCGAAAAGUCGACCACCGUCGCCGUCACCAGCACGAUCCUUGGGAGCAACCCGGCACCACAGCUUAGCAGUAGCGGCAGCAGCAUUAGCGGCCUGGCGCCGUCCGCGGUCGGGACUGCGGCGAGCGUCGUGCAUCACGGAACCACGAUGGUGACCGUGAAAAGCUCGCCGGCCAGCCUGGGAAGUGUCGGCCUCAGUGCCGCCAGUCCCAGCUCCGCCAGCGGGCUCGUCCUCACGGCCAUCGGGCGCUCCGAGACGAUCUCACCGGCGAUGGCUUCCGGUAGCCCCAGUUCGGCGUCCUCGUCGCCGUCCGCCUCGUCGUCGCCGCUGGGCGGACUGGUGAAGAAACCGCGCCCCAAGACCGUCUCGCCGACGCGCCACGGACCCCAACAGUGCCAGGUCUGCAGUAAGGUGUUUGGUAACGCGUCCGCCCUCGCCAAGCACAAGCUCACGCACAGUGACGAGCGAAAGUACGUGUGCGGGAUGUGCUCGAAAGCGUUCAAAAGACAGGAUCACCUCAACGGCCACAUGCUGACGCAUCGCAACAAAAAACCGUACGAGUGCAAGGCGGAUGGCUGCGGCAAGUCGUACUGUGACGCGCGGUCCUUGCGCCGGCACACCGAGAACCACCACAGCGCCCUGGGACUGGGGUCGCCUUCCGGAACCGCCAGCCCGGGCCCAAGCGGAAGCAAUGCCGGACCACCCGGCGGGCUCAGUCUGUCACCAGCGACGGCCAGUGGAGACGCGAGCUCACCUCACGGGGCCACCAUCGUGCAGUUCAGUGUCAACGGCAGUGGCGGCACCAACAGCUCCGGCAGUGCCAGCAACAGUAGUAGCUGCAGCUCGAGCAGCAGCAGUUCCAGCCUUUCGAGCAGCAGCUCAAACAGCAGUAGCAGUAGCAGCAGCAGCAGUAGCAGUGGUAACGUGAGCGAUUCGGGCUCGAGUUGCAAAUCGCCUUCACCCAGCUCGCCUGCGCCAGGCUCCGGCAACGAGGGUCUCACCAGGCAGCAGCUCGACCUCAUCUCGCAGAUCAUGCAGCAAACGAAGCAAGCGAACGCCGCGGCCGUUGCUGCUGCGGCCGCUGCCAGUAACGCCGCCAGCAGUACGACGAACUCGAGCACCACGGCCGGUCACGGGCACGGGACUGGCUCCGGCAGCCAGAAGGUAGCGCCUCGUCCCCGAACCUGGAACAUGCAGCUGCAGCUCAGCCAGAACAAGCUGUCCACAACCGCAACGACGGCGAGGGCCGUUGUUAGCGCACCGACGUCGUCGUCGUCGUCGUCACCAUCCAUACCGGCGGCCUCGACGGUUGCGUCAUCAGCUGCCACCGCACCCACCGCCAUCACCAUCACCAGUCUGAUGAGCAGCAACGGUGGUAGCGGCUUUAGCAAAGUGCUGACCAGCGCCAGUAACGGCAGUGUCGGAAGUGUCGAUCCUAAUGGACCGCCCAUAACGCCGGUGUCAUCCGCAACGGCGACGGUGCCGGCGAGUCCAGCGGUUAGUGCGGUUGCGGGGACGGGGGCAAGUGCGGCGCCCGUCGGGGCCAGUGGGGCCAAGCUCGAGCAGAAGCCGGUCGAGUGCAAUCUGUGCCACCGGAAGUUCAAAAAUAUUCCCGCCCUCAACGGCCACAUGCGGCUCCACGGGGGCUACUUCAAGAAGGAUUCGGAGACGAAGAAAUGUGAUAAGAAGGAGCACACCGGACCACCGCUGCAGACGGCGAGCGUCGGGGUGCGGGCCCUGAUCGAGGAGAAGAUCAUCAACAAGCGGAGCAAGGAUUUGAAGAAUCUAUUAUUGAAGGGUUCGUUCGUCGUGCCGGCCCCGCCGCUCACCGCCCGUCGGCUGAUCGAAGCCAGCGAAGCAUUCCUCUCGCCCAAGUCCGGCACCCAGGUCGCCAUCGUGUCCACGCAGAACGGCACCACGCAGAUCAUCAACACGGGCACGCUGCACUCGGCGAAGCCCACGACGAUCCUGGCGGCUUCCGGCUCCAGCGUUGCUCCAACCGUGACGGUCCACGGUGUCACCACGACCACCACCGCCGGUACCAUCAUGACCACGGGCUCGACGACCGGAACGGAGUUGAAAGACGCCACGUUGAUUGCCCUGCUCAAGCGGGGCACCAAGGUGGCCGUGAAACGGGCCGUCACAUCGUCCGACUCAACGGCCGGACUCCUGAAUGUCCAGGCUCACCCAGCAGCUCCAGCCCUGGUAGCCACGUCCGCCGAAGCAACCCAGCUGAUCCUGCCUUCGACGACGACGACAACGACGGCGCCGUGCAAGACGGUGACGACCGUGAGACCCGCCAGCCUGACCCCCGCGGCGUCGGACAGCAGUCCCCUGUCGCUCACCAUAUCGCAGACGCCGACGAGUGUCCCCGGAGAUGUGUUCACCCUUGCCUACUCCACCGACUCCGGUGGGGCCACCACGUUCUUCAGCGACAGCGAUGUGUACAAUGUGAGCGAUACGGCCAUGCUGCUGCAGGCCGUGGACUCGAUCCAGCUGCUGCAGGACUCGCCGUCCACCGAGCCGCUGGACGAGAUUGCGCUCUCCGACUACGGGCCUAUCGGCGAGCAGGAGUUCACACCGUCGCGCCAGAUUCAGGCCGUCCUCGACUCGCCGCUCCCGGAGAGUCUGGCCGAGUUCGGUGCCCUGAACGCGAAGGACUUUGUCCUGUACGAAACGGCGACCACUUCGGGGGCCGCUUCCAACGGAACCGUGGCCAACGGUCUGCUCCAGUCCCCGGGCCCGGGUUCCCACAUCUCACCGCUACCCUCACCGCUUGCCUACCCAACGCCUCCGGCAUCGCACGAGGCCGUGGCCCAGGCAUCGCCUUUCCUGGACGACUCGCGCCACUUCACCGACGCCGGCUCGUUCUUCGACGACAAGCGCAACCAGGGCUUCCUGGACGACGGGUUCUUCAAGAGCGAACCGAAGGACGCCGACAUCAAGCUGUCCGACAGUGACAAGAUACUGGCGCUGAAGCACGAGCUGCUCGACGAGAACCACCACCACCACCACCACCACCACGAGUUGUUCCGGGCGAACAAAAACAUCCUGGACGAGCACUGCGAGCUGUUCAAGUCAGAGGAUAGCUUCUUCGCCGAGCCGAAGCCAUCACCCGCCGACGGCACGUCCAAGAUGAACCUGGACUUCCUGGACGACGCGCAGGUAUUCAUCGAGGAAACGCGCAACGCCGCAUCGCCCCUGUCGAAUGCGUUCUUCAGUGCGACCAUGUCGUCGGCCGAGGAAGUGAAGGAAGCCCUGGAGGAGGUGCUCCCCAACGACGAUGAUAUCGGCGUGACGGAGAGUGACAUCGAUCUGUACUACCUGAACGGGCUCAGCUCGCUCCAGUCGCAGAUGAUGCCCAACUCGGACGAUCCGUUGCUGUCGUCGUCGCCGAAGGACUUUGCCCACCGGCAGCACCAGAAGUUUCUGUUCGAGCAGAGCCAGACGGCCCAACAGCAGCUUCAGCACCAGCAGCAGCAGCUUCGUCAGCAACCAGCGCAGGCCGCCAGUGCGAACGCCUGCUUGCCACCGAGUGCCAAAAAACUGAAGCCUUCCGCCGAGGCCAGCUUCGGUGGGGACGCGAGCAAAGCUCCGCUCACCGUGCAAACCGAGCCGAUCGCCAAGGACACGGACAGUGUGUUUCUCAGCCCGAGCAGCCUCUCCUCGCACAGCUCGUCGUCUUCGUCCUCAUCGCUGUCGUCGUCGUCACCGAAACUUCAGCACGCGCUCCUGGGCAACGGCAGCAGCAUUGUGUGGCCACGCAAGCGCUCCCAGAUGGCGGUCGCCGGAAGUUCCGGUGGCCUACCGGUCGCCGCGCAAGCGCAGCGCAAACCGGCGAUCUACCUAUCGAAGCUGCGCCGCUCUACUACCUCUCUGCCGGCCGUACACUACACUCCGUCGCCGAUGCUGAAUCCGGAGCGAUCGGGAACGACCGGACUGUACGCGACGAUGGCUCCUGGGCGGUCCCAGACCGGGACUACGGACAGUGAGCUCGACUCGACGAUGGACAGCAGCAACGACAUUUUCUCGGAGCCCCCACUACCGAUACGGCCCCGGAUUAAUCUCGGCCCGGAUUACCAGGCCACCCUUCCCGACUGUGCCCCGCUCCCGCACCAGCCCCAUCACCAUCAGCAUCAUCUCCACCAUCACCACCAUCAUCAUUCGUACCACGUCAUCAGCCAACCGCAGCAGCUGUGGGAUCCUUCGGUAGCGCUGAACGAGCGCCAGAUACAGCGGUUCGUGGAGUUGGCCCGCUCGUCGGCGGCACCCCUCGGCUGCCACACCGAAGAGCACGCCCUCAAGGCCCUGCUGGACGCGCAGGGCGAGGUGCACAUCGCGAUACUGAGCAUGCUCCAAGGAACCCCGGCCAGCAUCCACCGGCGGUGGACGGCGACCGAGAUCGAGCAGUUCAUCCACGGGCUGGAGAGCUACGGGAAGGACUUCCACCGGAUCGCGACCGAGCUGCUGCCCGACAAGGCGACGGCCGAUUGCGUGCAGUUGUACUACUUCUGGAAGAAGCUCUGCAUCGACUACAAGCAUGCGCCGGUCCCGGUCCCGCACCGGCUCGGCGGCGACGUUGGGCUGAUGUCGUCCAAGUAUGCCGCCUCCAUGUCCUCUCCGUCCCCAGCGUCCCCGCCGCCGACGGCCACCGACGAUGGCCACCACCUGAUGCUGCUCGAUCAGCGGGAGUACACUAGUCGACCACCACCACCAACGAACGCUACCUCGAAGCUGCACCAUUCGAGCCAGCCGACCUCGGCCGGGGGCGCUGGCAGCCAACCGUCGGCGGUCACCAGCAACUCUGGCAGCGCCACCACCAGCGGCAGCAGCAGCAGUACCACCAGCGAUGUCCGACCGCAUGUCUGUGAGGUUCCCGACUGCUCAGCGAGCUUCUCAUCGAAAGCGGCCCUCCACGGUCACAUCCGUAUCCACUGUAUCGGGCGUAGCCACAGCGCAGUUCCAAAUGGUAAUUUCUUGAGUGCCGCCGGUAACCCCAUUAACCCUAACCUCAUACCGACAAAGGAUGACUAUCCCUGCAAGGUGUGCGGCAAGGUAUUCAAUAAGGUAAAAAGCCGAAGCGCCCACAUGAAGUCACACCGACCGCAGGAUGCAAGCGAUCAGCUGCAACAUCAGCUGCAGCUACACCAACAACAGCAACAGCAGCAACAGCAGCAGCACCAGCAACAGCAGGCUCACGAUCGUGAAUAA